AUGGCCUCCGCUUCACACCCAGCCGUUCCAACAGUACCCGUCGCCAAAGGCGAUUUCGUCACAAAUUCUCUAUCGGCACGCUUGCAGAUGUUCGUGUACGAUCCGGAAAAUGGUUGUACAUUCGAGCUCGACUUAGCCGAAACAGAUCUCCAAUUGGAAGUGGACGACGUCUCAAAGCAGCUACUCACUAUCAACACGCACCGUGGACUGUAUCACUUCAACCGACUACCAUUUGGAGUGAAACCAGCUCCUGGUAUAUUCCAACAAUGUAUGGAUGCUCUUAUCGCUGGCUUAGAUGGAACUGCCGCCUAUCUCGACGACAUAUUGGUUACUGGAAAAACCAUCGGCGAAAACAAUGUCCGACUAGAUGCCGUACUCAAGCGGAUUCAAGACUACGGAUUCCGCGUUCGACUCGACAAAUGUGCUUUCCUGCAGACGAAGUUCACCUACCUUGGGCCAAACAAAGAUGAAAAUGCUUGCAAGAAGCUUUGUCUAUUGGCCUACGAUGGAUUCGGACAUCGAAAAACUCGUCAAGUCCUGCCCAAGAUGACCGAUGGAAGGACGAUACUAUCUACUUAUCGUGGACGCCUAAUCCAAGUGGCCGGAAAUCGUCCAGAUGUCUUCGAUCUCUACUAUCCACGCAAUGAAGUGCAUCUUUGCCAAGUUUGGAAAUCCAAAGACGCUCGUCACGGACAACGGAAUACAGUUCACGUCGUCUCAGUUAACUCCAUUCUGCCGUUCCUGAGGAAUCUUGCACAUUCGCACGCCGCCGUUCCAUCCACAAAGCAACGGACAAGCAGAAUGUUUUGUGGACACUUGCCGAAAAGAGGACUUGCCAAGCUGAAGGGGGAGGAACCAACAUUGGACGCACUACAGACGUUUUUGAUGGUAUAUCGCUCCACUCUCUGCCCGUCUGCACCUGACCAGCGUUCACCUGCCGAAGCCUUCCUGGGACGCCAACUGCGAACGGAAAUCAAUCUAAUGUUACUUUCUAGAGAUCGCACAAACGGUACACGAGAUCUCAAAAUGGAAUCUCAAUUCAAUCGUCGAAAUGGAACACGACGCCGCAACUUUGAGAUGAAAGUCGCGAUUUUUGCCAGGGAUUAUCGAGGUCAGAAACCCACUUGGACUCCCGGUUUCAUCAUUCGCCGUGUUGGAAACAUAGCCUACACUGUUCGCUUUGGAAACGAAGUAUGGACUAGGCACGUAAACCAGUUGCGAUCUAGGAUCGGCAGAACUGCGACUAACACUUUCUUGGAUGUGUUCGACCUACCGCUACUCGACCCCGCGAGCAGGGACCAUGAUGCAACGCUGACUGCCGACUCCUCUCAACGACCGCAACCCCUUCGGCAACCCGGCGUCGAGGUAGCUGCACUUUCUGCUGAACUCGAAGAAGCUAAAACCGCCCUUGACAACGCUAUCCGUGCACGCAGACAAGCUGAGAUCGAUCUCGAAGAGGCCAAUGGACGCAUUGCCGAUCUUACUGCCAUCAACAACAACCUUACUUCGAUCAAAAACAAACUUGAAACCGAACUCUCCACCGUUCAGGCCGAUCUCGAUGAGGUCACAAAGGAACUGCAUGCUGCCGACGAGGGCGCCAACCGUGCCCUUGCUGAUGCAGCGCGCGUUGUCGAACAACUGCACGAGGAACAAGAACAUUCGAUGAAGGAAGCCGAAGCCGCUGCCCUUCUCGGAGGAAAACGUGUUAUUGCCAAGCUCGAGACCCGUAUUCGAGACCUCGAGACCGCUCUCGAUGAGGAGACCCGCAGGCACAAAGAGACACAAAACGCUCUGCGCAAGAAGGACCGCCGCAUCAAAGAGAUCCAGCAGUUGGUGGAUGAGGAGCACAAGAACUUUGUCAUGGCCCAAGAUACUGCCGACCGUCUCCAGGAGAAGUUGAAUAUCCAGAAGACGCAAUUUGCCGAAGCUGUCAGAAUCAGUGACGAUGGCGAACCUGCAGAGAGUGAGACGAUACCAGCACGAGCUAGAGGAUGCCGAAGGACGUGCCGACCAGGCGGAAUCCAGCCUGAUUCACGCCAAGCACAUACAGCGUAUGCUCGAAAACCUGGCCAGAAAUUCCUGAUCUCUGUGCUGCGAUCUUUUGCCGAGUGUCGGUGCCGUAGACAACCGGCAGAAAAACUUCCAUAA